GUUGUUGAACAGGUUUGUCUUGAGCUGCUAACUCCUUUCAAACGCAUUUCACACACAUUCUCCCCAGCAGGACAGCACAGUGUUGGCUGGGCUAAAACCCGAAACCCAGGACAAGCCCAGGGGAACACCAGCCACUGGAGAGGGAGAUGGAUGACUAAGAUGUAAUUGUUCAGAUCCGGCGGCGCUGGCAGCCAAUGAACUUGUAAGAUCGAGAAGGUGGAGAAGGAUGAUUGGCUGCAGUUUUUUAGUUUUUAAAGGGGAGUGUUUGUGGCUGGAGGUCUUUGUGGGGUUGGCUGUGUCCUGUCUUUGUAGUACUAAAAGUGUCUGAAAGAAACACUUGAUUAUCUUUAGAGGGAGUCUGCGUGUCAGGGAACUAGAUUUCAACUGAGAUGUUAAGAUUACAUCUCUUCAGGAAUGGAAUGGAACGGAGCCGGGCGUGAGGCAGCUGUACAGAGGCACAAUUACAGGAUAACGUUGCCAUUUCUGCAGAACCAGGGCUAUUCAUUUUAAGGUGAGAAGAAAAAUUGCCAACAGACUAGUACUACUAGUUUCACAAAAUGCCUUUGGAGACUAUCCAACGCACAGUGUGCCAGCAACCGGCGAGGACUGCCGUAGCUGCUACGCCGCCACGCUUGAGGCCCAAGGGGCCAGUGGGGCCAGACUUCUACCUGCGGUUCAAGACCGCGGCAGGCGGACCGAAGCAGAGUGCGGUGGAGAGGCUGGAAGCGGACAAGGCUAAAUAUGUCAAGAGUCAGGGGGCUCUUUGUAAACAGCAGCCAGUCCGGCCUCCUGAGGUGCGUCAGCCUCUACUAGGCCCUGGCGCUGCUCUGCGGCCCACCAGGAAGACACCCGCCCAAACGAAAGCGAAGCAGGAAGGAGUCCAGCUCGACUUGGAGCAUCUGAGUAACCUGAUCAGCUGCGAGACUGACGGUGCGACCGCCAACUCGGGGGACCGUAAAGCUCCGGGUGGUGCUUCGGCUUCUCUCAGCUCUCCUUGCCCCACGUCAGCAGGCUCACAACAGAAAAAGGAGAGGCCGUGUCCACCCCCUCGUCCUGACUGGUCCAGUCCAGCUAAAGUGAGAUUAAAAGCCUCUGGACCCGCUAGGGUCGAGAGUCCCGGGUCUUCCGGGUCUCCAGCUGCAGGGACCGUACGCAGAGUGGACGUCAUGCCUCAGGCUAGUCCUGUGAAGACUCCCUGCAGACCACCUCAGUACAUGCGGCAGCCCCUCCAGCCCAUACCCGUACACACCCAGUUUCCACUUUGCCCGGCUGCUUCACAACUGCGUCUCUUCCACACCCGAACCACACCACGUCCUACUCCUCUGAAACCUGUUGUCGCUCCGUCCAAACCUGACAAUCCUCCCUCUAAACCUGACAAUCCCCCCUCCUCUCCAGCUGAAACCCCCAUCUCUGCUCCACCUUUCCUCAACCUCCCUCUUUUCCCUCCUCCCUCCCCAGCAAUUACCCGUUUGUCCUCCUCCAGCUCGAGGAAACGCCCCUCUCUGACCCGGUCUAAAUCCGAUAUGAGUGACCGAUACUCCCGAGCUGGGACCGAGCUGGAGCGCUUCUUCAACCUGUGUGGUUUGGACCCUGCGGACCUCCAGCUGACUGGAUCGAGUUCUGACAUUGUGUCCAUGGCCCGUUUCCACAGCGUGAGCGCUCCAGGGUCCGAGUGCGCAGGCUACGGUAAAGAAGAUGAAGACGACGAGGAGGAGGAAGCUGCUGACACUCCUGCAGAGCGAGUUCCAUACGGUGUUUCUGUCAUUGAGAGAAAUGCAAGAGUGAUCAAAUGGCUGUACGGACUCCGUCAGGCCAAAGACAAUGCAAGUCAAAGUACCAACUUAUAGCAGGGUGAGAAAUGGUCUCUGAGAUUGAAAAUGAAAAUAUUUCAAUAUU